AUGUCCACCCAACUCGCCGCCUCCGCCGCCUCUAUCGCGCGCAUCUCCCUCCACGAUCCCAACAACUUCAACAUCCAACAAUCGCAAACCCUCCACCGCCUAACCCUGCUUCAACAUUGGACCAUCCCCACCGGCUCCAAAGUCCUAGAAUUAGGAUGCGGCCAAGGCGACUGCACAACCGUCCUCGCCUCUGCCGUAGGCGAGCAGGGGAGCGUAGUCGCAGUCGACCCAGCAGAUCUUGACUACGGAUCCCCUUACACUCUUGCCCAGGCCCAAUCCCACAUUUCCCAAUCCCCCCUGGGCAGCCGCAUCACCUGGAUCCAACAAUCCCCACAAACCUACCUCUCCUCCCUGCCCCAAUCAUCCAGUAUGACAUUCGACGCUACGAUCCUCGCCCACAGCCUUUGGUACUUCUCCGCCCCGUCCCUCAUCCUCUCCACGUUCCGUGCCGUGAGGCAGCACAGUAAACGGCUCCUUCUAGCCGAGUGGGCAUUAGUAGCUACGCACCCGUCCGCGCAGCCUCAUGUGCUAGCUGCGCUUGCGCAGGCGGCGCUGGAAUGUCGGAAGCCCGGGGAUAGUAGCGACUCGAAUGUGCGGACGGUGUUGGGGCCGAAGAGGCUGACGGAGUUGGCGGUGGAGGCGGGGUGGACGGUGGAGAGGGAGGAGUAUGUGGAGGCUGGGGAGGGGUUGUUGGAUGGGAGCUGGGAGGUGGCGGCUUGUCUUGAUGGAGAGUUUGAGGAGGAGGUGAGGAGGGUUGUGGGGGAUGAGAGGGAGAGGGCGGUGGUGUUGGCUGCGAGGGAUGCGUGUGAGACGAGUUUGAAGGGUGUGGAGGGGGGGAGGAAGGGGGUUAGGAGUAUGGAUGUUUGGGUUGCGAGUUUUGUGUGA